GUUUGCGCAGCAACCAGAUAUUGCCAAUUUGACCAUCAAUACUAACUGUCGCCGUCAAGAUGAUUGAACCAUCCCUCAAGGCGGUUAGUAGCCCCCGUUGACCCCGAAAACCUGCAUCGACGAAUUUCCCUCGAAAAAGAAGGCGACGAGAGGCCAUCACGACAAAGGCAGCAAGGCAGCCAGCGACGACAUCCACCCAAACGAACAUGGCGACGACAACGACGACAACGACAACAAGCGCCCGAUCAAUUCGCCCAACCGAUUACAGCUUUGGAGGAAUUACGUGUAUCUGACCAUGGUGUUGCUAUUCUAGUUGGCGUCGAAGUUCAACUGCGACAAGAUGAUUUGCCGCAAGUGCUACGCUCGUCUCCCUCCCCGUGCCACCAACUGCCGCAAGCGCAAGUGUGGCCACACCAACCAGCUCCGCCCCAAGAAGAAGUACGUCUACGCUCUCCUCCGAUACCGAUUCCGAUCAACACAACCAGCACCAUCAGCACCAGCACCUCAAUUACCUCGCACCGCUUCUGUCCCUUCCAUCACCGCAUUCACCACUAUCACCGCUGCCACCACCUUAAACUCCGACCGAUCGCACACAAGACAUCGUACUAACAAUUCCCCCCCUCUAGGCUUAAAUAAGCGGAUCGCCCCCCACUCGGGCUCAGACUCGGCAGUUCUUUUCUUCGACAACGAGGACGUAUUGGUGGACGACUAUGGCUUGCUUUGUUGUCGCUGUCGCUAUCGCUGCAGCGGCGCCUUGACGGAAGAAGAGGAUUGGAAACAUUCAGCACUUCUGGCUGCUGCAACACCGCUACAACAACAUCAUCCGGACUACAUCACCACUUUUCGGGCUGGGGCGGAUUUGUUAGCAAAGCAAGACUCCUGUAGCACGAAUACGAAGACUGCUGCCGUCUGGCCUUGGUUUUAGGUUCAUGAUGACAGUCUGAAAAAUCAUACCCUGUUUUGAGGCAAAGCCAUUGUGUGACUGGUGCAACAAUGGGAGCGACAUAAAGGAUCAACGACAGGAACAGCAGGACGAAUGACGACCGGCGUCGGCGAGUGCCCAUGACUGAGGAAUGACGGAGGGUGCGCGAGCAGAGGCAACGACACAGGCUCUGGUGUCGCCACGCCCACUGCCUCCCAAACCUGCUCUCAUGACAGGUAAGCCCGCGAUGUUUCGCCUAUCAGAAACCCAUCUUCAACACUCUGUCGCAAACCGUCCUCAUCUCACAACAAGGAACACGGCCGGC